GCCUUCUUCAUGUUCAAUGCCUUCGGUAACCCAUACCAAACAUUUCAUGGACCUGUAGGACUGUACUUCUGGAGCUUCAUCUCGUGUAAGUAUUCUGCAGAUAUCCGUAACCUGCCGCCUUAAAAACAAAUCCAAUUUGCCAAUACAAAUAUUUGAGAAGUAUAGUGAAGAAGCUGAAACUCUUCAUGCAAAUUCCCAAACUGAGGAGAUGGGCUUACGGUUUUAGGAAACUGUGGUUUGAAAACAGUUUAAUAAAAACCAGAGGGAGUGCACCAAUUGAGUUAUUGCAUUUUAACCUUUUAAUUUGCAGGAAUGGCUAUGGAGCUUGGAAUGUCUUUGUAUAUAGGAUUACCUCUAAAAAUAUUCCUUCCCAUGAAUUAUACUUCUAUUUUGAUAGGAUCACUGUAAAUAGUUUUUCCUUUCAUUGUGUUUAAAAUCACUCACUGCUUGUCACAUGCACUCCCCAUUCAGCAGAUUUUCAUUUAAAGGGACACUGUAGUCACUAUAACCAUUUCAUCUCUGUGAAUUGGUGACAGUGCCUAGAGUCGAGCUGGUCCCUCCAUUCAUUGUUAAGCCAUUGUCGAGCAGUUUAACACUAAAUAAGGGUCACUAGCCACAUAGAGAUGGAACCCCUACUGGGUGUAUGGCUAAGGCAGGUAUUACACACUUCCUUCUAGCCAUAUACACUAGUACCGUGAAUGGGCACUCUGAUAGGAUAAAAGCAGUCAGCUAAUACGCCCAGUCAAUCACAGCUGCCGUUGUUGCACAUACAAUUACUUCCUCAUGAGCCCAAGCUGCACAGAUGGGAUGUGAUGCUGGAAACUCUUGUUUAGUAGUAAAGCACAAAAACAACAUUAAAAACGGGUUAAAGCUCAAUAAAUGUGCUGCACCAGGGACUCCAGACACUAAAAUCAGUCCAAUGAGAUGAAGCAGAUAAAGUGUCUACAGUGUUCCUUUAACAGAAAAUUCAGCAUGGAAUUGUUCAAACUGAAUCUUGCCAGUCAGGUAUCCAAGGAUUUUUUCAAAGGCAUGUGUAUUGCAGCACUGCAGAAGUUAAUUGUAGUGGCAGAAAUUUCUUAAAAAAAAGAUUUAGUUUUGUAUCCCAAAAGAAGGUAUAUUGGAUCGAAUUUUGACUUUGAAAAAUAAAAUGUAUUUGUUUUCAUUUUCCUUUUCUUAGGUUCCUGCGGCAGCCUUGUUUUAAUCCUCUUCUCAUCAGAAGUUAAAAUACACAAUCUAACAGAGAAAAUUGCUAAUUAUAAAGAAGUUGGAUUUAUAUUUAAAACAGAGAGUGAACAAUUUGAGAAUUCCUUCUGGAUCAUAUUGGUUUGUAUCCUUGUGCACAGUUUCAAUAUCUGCUUGAUUCGAUUAGCCGGCUUUGAUUUUCCUUUUACGAAAUCUAAAGACCUUGAUACAAGUUCAGGUGCUAUUGACCUGAUGUACUAAGAUCACACAUAUAUCACCUGGAAAAAACAGUGACAGUAGGCUUUCUGUUUGUGUGAACCUGCAUACUGAAGUAUUCCUUUACUACACGUAGCUAGGAUUGUAUUCAGUACCACCAAGAAUACUGGCUCUCAAUCAGUUGUCUAGAUUAUAUGGAAUGAUUCAACAAUGGGUAUUUUGCACCAAACCUUUACAGUAUGGAUGGUAUGUGUUCUUCGAUAAAUAAUUGUAUCUGAC